AUGGUUCGACAAUUCUUCGAGCUUCGAGACGAGCAAGAGAAGCGAAAAUACGUUUCAGUUGCUGCUCAACCACCACUAUGUAGGAUGCUGCUCGUGAGAUGGCUGAUAGAGAACGGUGCGCCGUUAGAUGUCGCUACCGCUAUCGAAAUUGGCACAAAGCGCAGUUACGCCCAGAACGUCGAGGUGGCGUGGUGGUUGUCGGAGAGGGAUCGCGUUGCGCUCGUGUUGGGAGGGCUCAGCAAGAAUAAGUACCGCAAAUUGCUGUUGUGGGUGCUGGAACACACUGCUUUCAAGGACGCGAGCUCUCGUGCUACUAUUGGUGACGCUGUCAAGCAGCGAAAUUAUGGCACGGCUGAGUGGCUGUCUGAACAGGUUGUCAACCCCGAGGUUCGUACUUGGUGCCUCCCUGCGGAGGAGGAAUCAGAGGAAGGCAGACCCUCCAAGAGAAGACGGCAAAAAGUCAAGUAG